GUUUCGUCCCUGUAAGAGCCAGAAGCGGAAAGGAGAAAGGUGAAGAGAGUUGCUAGGCUUCAUGCUAUGCGAAGGUUGGUAACAUCUGGACGUUGGUGUUCGAGCGAGGGAAGAGAAGGGAUGGGGUUAGCAGAGGUGCUGCUCUUACUAUUUCUGACAUUGGGACCAAUGGGUUCAAUAGGAGCAGAAAAUACAUCCACAGACAUAACUUUUCCCCUCCCUUCCAACUGCCCAAAAAGCUGUGGUAACAUCAGCUUCGAGUACCCUUUCGGUAUAAGCAGCGGCUGCUUUCGUGCAGGUUUUAACCUGACCUGCAUAAACCAAACCACUGAUCCUCCUUCUCAGAGGCUCUUAUUGGGCGAUGGUACCAUUGAGGUCGUUGAUUUUGAUAUGGACAAAGGAAUCGUGUACGUGAAAACUCCAAUCGUCACCAUGGAUGUCGAUGAGGAAUAUAUCAAUCAUACAUUGAUUGAUCUGGGGAAUUUCCCCUUCUCUUUUAACUUGGAGGCAAACUUUACUGACAGUUUCACUAUUUCAUUGACAUAUAACGAGAUUUUUGUCGCUGGUUGCAGCGCCAAUGCUGAUCUAGUUGAUCUUGCUACCAAUAAAACCAUUGAUACUUGCUCAACUACCUGUUAUGCCAAUAGUUCAAGUCCACAUGAAUACUGGUACUCAUUUGAUACAGGAUACUGUCGUUUUGGUAUGUAUUAUUUGAAUGCUGAGAAUUUGACUUCCUUGGGGAUUCGGUUAACCCGACUCAAUUUGUUUAACGCCUCUACCAUUAGGGCCUUCGUGUAUAAUCUGAGCAAUUUUACUGGGGAUAUCGAAGGAAUACUAAACGGGACGGAAACACAAGCGACAGUGACUGCCCUAGCAUGGUAUAUGACCGACCACACUAUGUGUAAAGAGGCUCAGAAGAAUAUGAUGACUUAUGCUUGUGGUAGCAACAAUAGUGAUUGUUAUGAUGUCUUUCGUGAGGGAACCCUUAUAAAUUAUACUAUUGGAUACAUUUGUCGGUGUUCGUUAAGUUAUCAAGGCAAUCCCUACAUACCCAAUAACUGCCAAGAUGCAACUUCCACACCAUCUUUGUCAAAUAACUGUUCAACAAAAUGCGGGGAUGUUGAUAUCUACUUUCCUUUUGGGGUGGAAGAGGGUUGUUACAGAGACCAGUCAUUUUUACUAACAUGCAACAGGUCGGCUAAGCCACCCACUCUCCUCUUCCAAGACUACUACAUAGUGAUGAAUAUGUCGUUCGAGGAAGGGAAAUUGGAAGUCAAGAGACCACAAGAUUAUGACUACUUUUCCUUCGCAUACGAAAAUCAACCUUUCAUCGGUUUUGAAGAGCUAAUCAUCUUGAAUUGGAUAAUCACAGACCAGUCCUGCAAGGAUGCUAAGGUGAACACGACCACAUUCGCAUGUGUCGACCAAAACAGCUCAUGUUACGACAAGAACAUUAGUAGCAAUGACCAGAAAAUCUCAGGAUAUCGUUGCCAAUGUAACGAUGGUUAUGAAGGAAAUCCAUAUCUCCGUAAUGGAUGUAGAGAUAUUGAUGAGUGUAGCUUUCCCCAAAAAUAUGCUUGCUAUGGAACUUGUAAUAACACGAUGGGCAGUUACAGCUGCACAUGUCCACCAGGGACAACUGGCGAUCCUAGACGAGCAUGCAAUUGCUCCAAAGGUUAUGAAGGAAAUCCAUACGUUCGUAAUGAAUGCACAGGUACCUAUAUAGCUACCAUUUUUCUUUUUGAUGAUUUGUCAGAUAUCGAUGAGUGUAAAUUCCCCGACAAAUACGUCUGCAAUGGGGUUUGUAAGAACACGAUCGGCAGUUACACCUGCACAUGUCCACGAGGGACAACUGGUGAUCCUAAACAAGCAUGCAUCCCCGACAAAAAACAGACUGUUCUGUUAGGUGUCAUCAUCGGCGUAAGUAAUGGCGUGGGCCUAUUGCUAUUGAGUACGAGUUUGAUCAUCCUGAGGACGAAAUGGAAGAGAAGAAAACAAAAGAGAAUAAGAGAAAAACACUUCCGUCAGAAUCAUGGUUUACUGCUACAACAACUCAUCUCUUCCCGUGAAGAUGUUGCUGAUAGAACAAAGAUAUUUCCUCUGGAAGAGAUAGAAAAGGCAACUAAUAAUUUUGAUGAAACUCGAGUGCUCGGUCGUGGAGGACAUGGAACAGUUUUCAAAGGGAUUCUGUCGGAUCAACGCGUAGUCGCUAUAAAAAAGUCAAAGAUUGUGAAGAAGAGCGAGAUAGAUCAAUUCGUCAAUGAAGUUGCAAUUCUUUCUCAAAUUAAUCACAGAAACGUGGUAAAGCUUUUUGGAUGCUGCUUGGAGACCGAAGUACCCUUAUUGAUCUAUGAAUUUAUCUCAAACGGAGCUCUUUCGGACCAUCUUCAUACUUCAGAUGGUAGUUCUGCAUUGUCAUGGGAAGCUCGUCUGAGGAUCGCUUCAGAAACCGCAGGAGCACUUGCUUAUUUGCACUCGGCUGCUUCAAUAUCUAUUUUACACAGAGAUGUUAAGUCAUCGAAUAUUCUUUUGGAUGAUAACUUCACAGCAAAAGUAUCAGAUUUUGGGGCUUCAAGAUUUAUUCCACUUGAUCAAACUCAUAUAGUUACCGGUAUUCAAGGUACCUUUGGAUACUUGGAUCCAGAGUAUUAUCAAACAAGUCAAUUGACAGAGAAGAGCGAUGUUUAUAGCUUUGGGGUCAUUCUUCUGGAGCUUUUAACAGGAAAGAAACCUAUUUUCUCCAUCGAACAUGAGAAUAAACAGAACCUGUCAAUGUAUUUUCUCCAAGCACUACAAGAGAAGCGCUAUUUUGAUCUCGUGGAAGAUCGUGUUAUGAAAGAAGGGACUAAACAAGAACUUGUGGAAGUUAUUCAACUGGUAGCAACGUGUUUGAAGUUUAAAGGAAGCGAAAGGCCUACGAUGAAAGAAGUGGAGUAUAAACUACAAAGCCUAAGAAGGAUUAGAAAGAAUGGAGGACGUCAUAUUGCAGAAGGUAAUGAAGAAACUGAGUGCCUACUGAGCGAUUCAUCUUAUACUUUCUCCGAUUCAGUUGACCAAGCAACCGAAGGGACAUCCAGGAAUUAUAGCUUAGAAAAAGAAUUCAUGUGGUCACAUUAUAACCCACGGUGAGUGUGUAUUGUACUGGUAUUUAUAUUUGUUUGUAUAGGCAAUGUAACCUAACGCAUCUUAUGCGCGGGUCAUUAU